AACCGAGUUAACAUUUUCUUAUUUAUAUACGCUUACUUAGUUUUUAGUGAAAGCUCGAGAUCGUUCCUAAAUAAAGAGAAGUCAUCAUGUCUAACGUGGUACUAGAUUCUCUGAAGCCUCGGCCCUCGAGCAAGAAUCUUAUGACAACAGCAGAAGGGGAACAAAUACAUGUCACAUCUGGUGAUGCCCCAGCGGUUUUUAACUCAAACUCUGGCGGCCGAUUCAAUAACAACAGCAAGACAGAACAGAAACUUAUAGAACACAUCAAGAAUAGAGAUAUGAGGGGCAUUGAGAAGUCUAUCGCUUAUGGAGCCAGUGUGAAGACGGCAGACUACAAAUCAGACCCCCCAAUAAUGAUAGCAAUUGACUGUGGGUACAAGGACAUCACCAAGUUGCUGCUGGAACACAAACAACUGAAAAUCAACGAGAAGGCCCGGAGUGGCCACACACCCCUCAGUUAUGCCGCCAUGACUGGCAAGACGGAUAUAGUGAAAGUUCUCAUAAAAGAGAAGGCCGAAAUAAACGGUUUGGAUGGUCAUGGAGAGACACCGUUAAUCAAGGCAGUGACGUAUGGUUGUCUUAAUGCAGCUGAGAUGCUGCUUAACAAAGGGGCUGACACGAACAUGCAGAGUGCAUCAGGGUUCAGUCCACUGCACAUAGCAGUAGCCAAGAACAACGUUAACAUGGUAAAGCUGCUGCUGAAACAGAAGAACCUGAAGCUGGAGGCAGAGAACAAGAACAAGCACACAGCCCUCCAGAUGCUGGACCAACAUCCCAAUGCAGACAUCCAACACUUACUCUCCACGGACAGCAGGUGUCUGAAAUGAUGGAACAAAACACUGAAGACCACCAGCCAUAUUUACAGAUGGGGUAGCCCGGAUAGACCUAACAAACUAACGAACUAAAAGCGAAUCACUCUAGUGUCGACGUAAACUUGAAGGAAUUGAAGUGAACUUGAAGUAUUAUUGGAGUGAACUUGAAGUGUUACUGAACAUAGUGCUAUGGAAUUGUCUUGUUUUUACUGUUCUUGUCACAUUAACCACUGCGGAUUCGCAAGAUUUGGGCUCAUGACUGUAAUUGACCAAUUAAUCAAUUAAAUUAGAUUUUAAUCUGAAAGAUAAGAUGAAGGAAUAGGAUGAUCUAAAGGCGACAAGGAGAUGGCCAAACUGCUCACUGCAUUUUAGAAAAAUGGGUCGUUGAAAAAAAAUGCAAUAUUUUAUUACUCGAUUUUUUGGUAAUUUUCAAGCAGCCGAUGCUUUGAAAGACAUGUUAAGCUGUUGAAUAGAACAUUUUAAGAUAUUUAAAACAGAGCAGA